CAGGUGUAAGGUCGUGAACCUUGCUCAAUGCGAUCAUAUUUUAGCACCAAUGAAAGGUCAGGGCAAAUAUUUCACGAAAACUAGUUUAACGCCCAAAAGAAUGGACUGAUUCUGCCACGCAAUCACUCUCCAAAAAAUCAUCAACACAAUUUCACCGAAAACGGUAUCAACUCCUUUGCUAUGGAACAAGAGUUGUGUGUCGUUUGCGGUGAUAGGGCAUCAGGGCGUCAUUAUGGGGCGAUCAGCUGUGAGGGUUGUAAAGGUUUUUUUAAGAGGUCGAUUCGUAAACAAUUGGGUUAUCAGUGUCGGGGUAAUAAGAACUGCGAGGUCACCAAACACCAUCGAAAUAGGUGCCAAUAUUGUCGACUACAAAAAUGUCUCGCCUGCGGAAUGAGAAGCGAUUUUUUAGCUGUUCAACACGAACGUAAACCAAUGAUCGUCAAAAAAGAAUAUCCAAAUAACACAACAUCCACCUACAACACAAACGAAGUCAACAAAAUUUUCAUCAGAAAAGAUCUCUCCUCAGAAGCCCCAUCUUUAUUACAACAAUCAUUUAACCCAGCCUUAAGCAACAUUUUCACCAAACGCAUCGGACCAUUACCCGAAUUUCCGUAUCACACCUCACCAUCUCAUCUCAGCUAUGAAGACGACGCAUCCAUGGAUAGCACCAACACCGGCACCGGCGAACUAACAGACGCUUUAAACAACGCCAGAGAGAAACAAUUAAUUUCAAAAGCUCUCGAUUCUAUCGCACGGAUCCAGUGUAUGAACGGAAGUGAUCUCACAUUAACUGCAGAAGAUAAUUAUUUUGAAUUCGAAGGACCCCUUCUUCAAGACCAACAUGUUGCCUUUAACUUAGAAACGCCAGGCCCAGUUCCGCCUUAUCUUAAUACACAUUAUAUUUGUGAAAGUGGCUCAAGGUUAUUAUUUUUAUCAAUACAUUGGGCUCGAAAUGUACCUGCAUUUAAAUAUUUAAGUAUGGAUAUACAAGUAUCAUUAUUAAAAAAUUGUUGGGCUGAAUUAUUUGCCUUGGGUUUGGCGCAGUGUUCGCAAUCAUUAUCAUUAACGACGAUAUUAGCUGCGUUGAUAAGUCAUAUACAUUCAUCGAUCGCUCAAGAGAAGAUGACGGCGUUAAAAGUGAAACAAGUAACGGAUCAUAUCGUUCGAUUACAAGAUUAUGUGAAUACGAUGAAUAGGCUUCAUGUGGACGUUCAUGAAUACGCGUAUUUAAAAUUGAUAGCGCUGUUUUCUAGUGAUCAACCAGGAUUGCAUAUUCGAAAACCGAUUGAGAAGAUGCAAGAAAAAUCGUUUCAGGCUUUACGAAAUCACGUUAAUCAAAGUUUUCCCGGUGAUUCAGAUCGAUUUCCAAGAUUAUUGUUACGUCUUCCACCACUUCGUGCCUUGGAACCACAAAUUUUAGAAGAAUUAUUUUUUGCUGGUCUUUUAGGUCAAGUACAAAUUGAUAGUGUGAUUCCUUAUAUUUUACGUAUGGGAACAUCAGCUGCUAACAGUUUUAAUCGGCAGGUAAAGUCUGAACAAAUUGAACAAGAAUUUCUUUGCAAAUAAAAAAGUAAUAAUUUAUGAGACUGGCAAUCGUAAUCAUUAAAACAAAAAAAAUACCAGUGCAAUUUCAUUAUUUCAGCAUUUAAAGAAACGAUUUAAGAUGUACUUAAAUGAAUAAAAUCGUUAUGUUUUUAGUCGUAAUAUGACAAUAACUAAAAGAAUUGAAUGUAAAACGCGAUUAUAAUUUAUAAUUAAUUUUUAAAAUACCAAAUUUAGGUAAAUCUUGUGUAAAUAAUUUUAUUUGUACUGUAUUUCAGGGUUUUAAGUACUUAUCUUUAGUAAUAAGUCAUAAUAUAGUUUCUAUGUUUCAUUUUUUAAAAGUAUUACAACGGAAUUUUCUCGUCUUCAUCAUCUUCACGAUUUCUUUACCAUCUUGAUCAUCACUUUUUUUAUAAAAAAAGAGAAAAAAUCUAUCCUCUCUACGUUCUUAGUAUUUUUUAAGUAUUUAUUUUCUCUAGUGCAAUGCACACUUAUCUAUGUGAUACUAUGUACAGGUUUUUGUGCCUUGCUGAAAAAAAAAUUUAUUAAUUAAGAAACAAAUUUUCAAACAAAAAGAUUUCGUUUAAGAAAAUACAAUAACGAAUUUCUUAGACAAUACUAAAUACACACUUAAAUAAGAGUUUCAUUUAUUUAUAUAAAUAUUUCCUACAAAAUGUAAUAUUUUCGAAAAUAAAGAAAAAAAGUACCUGA